UUUUGCUCCUCCUGACCUAGCGAGCGGCGAGCUGCGGGAGGAGGAUUGUCAGCCCGCGAUCGCGCGUCUCCCCUUCGGAACGUGGCUUGGCAUCUCCAGGCGGGGAGAGCUGCAUGUGGGCGAGCAAAGCCCGGGGGAGAACAUGGCAGUGCUCAAACUGACCGACCAGCCACCGCUGGUCCAAGCAAUUUUCAACGGUGAUCCUGAUGAGAUACGUAUAUUAAUCUACAAAACUGAAGAUGUUAAUGCUUUGGACAUGGAGAAGCGCACCCCGCUUCAUGUUGCUGCUUUCUUGGGCGAUGCAGAAAUUAUUGAGCUCCUUAUCUUGUCCGGAGCCCGGGUCAAUGCCAAGGACAACAUGUGGCUGACUCCUCUCCACCGAGCUGUUGCUUCAAGGAGUGAAGAAGCCGUACUAGUAUUGAUUAAGCAUUCAGCUGACGUCAAUGCCAGAGACAAGAACUGGCAGACACCCCUACAUGUUGCAGCUGCAAAUAAAGCUGUGAAGUGUGCUGACGUGAUAAUUCCACUUCUGAGUAGUGUCAAUGUCUCUGACAGAGGAGGUCGGACAGCAUUACACCAUGCAGCUCUGAAUGGCCAUGUUGAAAUGGUGAGUUUACUUUUGGCUAAAGGGGCAAAUAUUAAUGCCUUCGACAAAAGAGACCGAAGAGCUUUACAUUGGGCAGCAUACAAGGGCCACUUGGAAGUUGUUUCAUUAUUGAUUAGUCAUGGUGCUGAAGUGACAUGUAAAGAUAAGAAAGGUUACACUCCACUUCAUGCUGCUGCAUCCAGUGGCCAGAUCAGUGUAGUGAAACACUUGCUGAAUCUUGGUGUGGAGAUUGAUGAAAUGAACGUCUAUGGAAAUACUGCCCUUCAUAUUGCUUGUUAUAAUGGGCAGGAUUCUGUGGCUAAUGAGCUGAUAGACUAUGGAGCUAAUGUCAAUCAGCCUAAUAACAGUGGAUUCACUCCCCUCCAUUUUGCUGCUGCUUCUACUCACGGGGCCCUUUGUCUGGAACUACUUGUGAAUAAUGGGGCAGAUGUAAACAUUCAGAGCAAAGAUGGAAAAAGCCCACUGCAUAUGACAGCUGUCCAUGGGAGGUUUACACGGUCACAAACUCUCAUUCAGAAUGGAGGUGAAAUUGACUGUGUUGAUAAGGAUGGCAACACUCCCCUCCAUGUGGCUGCAAGAUAUGGACAUGAACUUUUGAUUAAUACCUUAAUAACCAGUGGAGCUGAUGCUGCCAAAUGUGGCAUUCAUCGCAUGUUUCCUUUACACUUGGCAGCACUUAAUGCACAUGCUGACUGCUGUAGGAAAUUGCUUUCAUCAGGACAAAAGUAUAGCAUAGUGUCCUUGUUUAGUAAUGAGCACGUGCUGUCUGCAGGCUUUGAUAUAGACACCCCAGAUAAAUUUGGAAGGACGUGCCUCCAUGCUGCUGCUGCAGGAGGCAAUGUUGAGUGUGUGAAACUCUUGCAGAGCAGUGGAGCAGAUGUAAAUAAAAAAGACAAAUAUGGAAGAACACCUUUGCACUAUGCAGCUGCAAAUUGUCAUUUUCAAUGUAUUGAGAUGCUGGUAACCACGGGGGCCAGUAUUAAUGAAACUGAUGACUGGGGACGAACAGCUUUACAUUAUGCUGCAGCCUCAGACAUGGACAGAAAAAAGAAUAUUUUGGGUAACUCCCAUGAAAACUCUGAAGAAAUUGAAAGAUCCAAUGAAAAGAAAGAAAAAGAAGCUGCAUUGUGUCUAGAAUUUCUUCUUCAAAAUGAAGCAAACCCUUCAAUCCAAGAUAAAGAUGGUUAUAAUACAGUGCAUUAUGCUGCUGCUUAUGGACACAGGCAAUGUCUAGAACUGCUUCUGGAGAAAACAAAUAACUUUUUUGAGGAAUCAGAUUCAACAUCAGCAAGAAGUCCUUUGCAUUUAGCUGCCUAUAAUGGUCACCAUGAAGCAUUAGAAGUGCUGCUUCAGUCACUAGUAGAUCUGGAUAUUAGAGAUGAAAAAGGACGUACUGCCCUGGAUCUUGCUGCAUUUAAAGGACACGUGGAAUGUGUUGAAGCGCUCAUCAAUCAGGGUGCUUCUGUCACAGUGAAAGAUAACGUCACACAGCGAACCCCACUCCAUGCCUCAGUUAUCAAUGGGCAUACAUCAUGUCUACGACUUUUAUUAGAAGUAACAGACAACCCUGACGUAGUGGAUGCCAAAGGACAAACUCCACUUAUGCUAGCUGUGGCUUAUGGGCACAUAGAUGCUGUUUCUUUGUUACUUGAAAAAGAGGCAUCCGUUGAUGCAGCUGAUAUCCUGGGAUGUACUGCUUUACACCGAGGGAUUAUGACAGGCCAUGAGGAAUGCAUUCAAAUGCUGUUGGAACAAGAAGUAUUAAUUCUGUGUAAGGAUGCCAGAGGCAGGACACCUCUACAUUAUGCAGCAGCUCGUGGUCAUGCCACAUGGCUGAGUGAAUUAAUGCAGUUGGCACUUUCAGAAGACUACAAUUUUAAAGAUAAUCAGAACUAUACACCAUUGCACUGGGCUUCUUAUAAUGGAAAUGAAAACUGUAUAGAGGUACUGUUGGAACAUAAAGCUUUUCGCAACUUUCAUGGAAACUCUUUUUCUCCAUUGCACUGUGCGGUAAUAAAUGAUCAUGAAAACUGUGCUUCACUACUCAUUGGGGCAUUUGGUGGUGGCAUUGUUAAUUGCAAAGAUGAAAAAGGAAGAACUCCACUUCAUGCAGCAGCCUUUGCUGAUCAUGUGGAAUGUUUGCAGCUACUUUUAAGUCACAAUGCACAAGUAAAUGCUGCAGAUAAUUCAGGGAAAACUCCACUUACCAUCGCUGCUGAAAAGGGGCAUGUAGGGACUGUAGAUUUUUUGGUGAACAGUGCUAAGGCUGAUUUAACCUUGAUGGAUAAUGACUUGAAUACAUCAUUGCACUUGGCUAGCAGUAAAGUAUGUUUAAAAUUGUGUUUGGUUCUGUUUGUGUCAGCAUGUCCUCAAAAGUGUGUAAAAUAUGUCAGAUGUUGACACUUGUGUUAAAGAGUAAAUAAUUCCUGUGUAAAUUAAGUAUGUAUGAAACAGGGUUACUACAAAGUUUAUGGUUAUAUAGUUUUUUAAUAUAUUAUAUAACUUGCAGCAAC